AUGGCAAGAAGAAGAUUCCCCAGAAAAAUCUUGAGAUACUUACCUUUAACUCCAAGGCUGCAAAGAUUGUUUAUAUCGAAGAAAACAGCUGUAGAUAUGAAAUGGCACAAGGAUAAACGACCAGAUGAUGAGUAUAUGAGGCAUCCUGCUGAUUCUCAAGUGUGGAAGGACUUUGAUCUAAAGCAUGAGUCAUUUGCCAUGGAUUCUCGCAAUGUUAGGCUUGGAUUAUCAACUGAUGGUUUUAAUCCAUUUGGUAAUUUAAAUACCUCUUAUAGCAUGUGGCCUGUUUUUCUUGUUCCAUACAAUCUUCCGCCGUGGAAAUGCAUAAAAGAUCCAUACUUCAUGAUGUCAUUACUUAUUCCUGGACCAAGAGCUCCUGGAAAUGACAUUGACGUGUUUCUACAACUGUUAAUCAAAGAAUUGAAGCAAUUAUGGGAGGUUGGGGUUGAUACAUAUGAUGCUGGUUCUGGACACAAUUUCCGUUUAAGAGCUGCAUUAUUGUGGACAAUAAACGACUUUCCUGCAUAUGCAAAUUUGUCUGGAUGGAGUACCAAAGGAAAAAUGGUGUGUCCUACUUGCAAUGACCAGACACCUCAUCAAUGGUUGAACAAUUGGCAAAAAACUAUAUAUUAUGAUCAUCGUCGUUUUCUGCCACAAAAUCACAGAUUCAGAAAAAAUUUGGAGUUUAAUGGUAAAGUUGAGAAGAGAUUAAAACCUGCUUUAUUAUCAGGGGAUGAUGUGGUUUGCCAAUUGACUCAUGUUUCACAACCGUGUUUUGGAAAGGGGAAGGAGAGAAAGCGUUGUGCUGAUCAUUUGAAUUGGACAAAACGAAGCAUUUUCUUUGACUUACCCUAUUGGCACACACUCAAGCUACGCCACAACCUUGAUGUAAUGCACAUAGAAAAUAAUAUUUGUGAUAAUAUUUUGGGUACAUUGAUGGACACUGAAGGUAAGACGAAGGACUCAUAUAAGACUCGUCUUGAUAUGGAAGAGAUGGGCAUCAAGUCUGAUUUACACCCCAAAUGUAUUGAUGGUGUGAUUAAGUUUAGACCAGCAUAUUACACUUUUAAUAUAGAUGAGAGGAAAGGUUUUUGUGAGUUCUGUAGUUGUACGAAACUUCCAGAUGGCAUGGCUUCAAAUAUCUCUAAUUGUGUGAACAAUGCUGAUUCUAAGAUUUAUGGUUUGAAAAGUCACGAUUGCCACAUUAUAUUGCAGCGACUUCUUCCUGUAGCCUUGCGUGGGUACUUGUCUAAAGAUGUUCGUGAGGUCAUUAUUAAAUUAUGUUUAUUCUUUAAGGAGUUGACUUCCAAGACUUUGAGAUUGGAUGUUUUGGAAAGGCUGGAUAAGGAUAUUGUCGUACUCCUAUGCAAGUUAGAGUUGAACUUCCCACCCUCAUUUUUCAACAUUAUGACUCAUUUGCCAAUUCACUUGGCUUAUGAGGCCAUACUUGCUGGACCAGUACAAUAUCGAUGGAUGUUUCCAUUUGAGAGGUAA